GGUAUAUAUAUGAAAUAGUGACAGAAUGGAGGGUAGCCCAAAAUCUGAAAACGCCGACCAGAGCAGAGCAGAGAGAGAACGAGCGAGAGAAUGGGGAAGCCACUUGGAUCAACAGGGGAAUUCUUCAAGAGGAGGGACGAGUGGAGGAAGCAUCCGAUGCUCAGCAAUCAGCUCCGCCACGCCACCCCUGGCCUAGGCAUCGCCCUCGUUGCCUUUGGCAUUUAUCUGGUCGGGGAGCAGGUCUACAACAGGAUUUAUGCUCCUUCCUCCUCUCAUCAUCACCAACAACAAUCUUCUUCUCACUCCCAUUGAGAUCAGGUAGAUGCUCUAUGGAAAGAACACAGUUUGGACAUGGUCAUGUUUCAGUUUCCCUCUAUAGUUUGCUGUAAUAAACUUCGUACUGACAUAAAACGGACUUGCUUCAAGUUUGAUUACUGAACCUUGUAUUGGAGCUAUGCUAUGGAUGCUUUAUCUGUUUCCUCCUCAUGUUGGUAUGUUUAAUGGACUCGUUAAUGUCAUAUCAUCUUUCUUUGAAGUUUAUUUAUCAUAUCUUUCGAACUUAAAAAAUCUUAUAGUAAGUGAAUACCAGUCGAACUGCGUAGUUUGCUAUGCUUAAAGAAUACCGGAAUCCACUUUCUUUUAGAAGCUUUACGUCCUUGGUAGAAUAUUGAUCAUUGAUAUUUUCUGCA